UCACGUGACUAAACGGAAGCAGCAUGUCAAACUUUUAUACAGGAUGAAUUUUUAUGGACUUUCCAGGCAAUCUAGUUUCGUUUCAUUUAUAAAGACACUUGAACAUAAUUGGUUACUCCAUGUAAAAACGACAAGGACAUUAAAAACUCAACAAACUAGGAUAAAAAGUUCACAAAACUUUAGCACUAGUUGCAAGCAUUUGACUGUAAAGAAAAGGAAAAGGGGACCAUCAGCUAGAUCAAAUAAACUUUUCCAAAUAGAACAGGACAGAUUGGCCAUGGCAACAUCAAAAUUAAAGGAUCAAUAUUUUGAUUAUUUCCUUGUGCUUGACUUCGAAGCAACAUGUAAAGAAAAUGAGCUGAUUUACCCUCAAGAAAUAAUAGAGUUUCCAGUUUUAAAGAUUAACUCAAAGACAUUGGAAACAGAAUCAGUAUUUCAUCAAUAUGUUCAACCCAGGGUUCAUAAAGACCUAACACCUUUCUGUACAAAAUUAACUGGAAUAAUCCAAGCAAUGGUAGAUGACCAACCAUAUAUAGAGGAUGUGUUAAAGAGUUUUGAUAAAUGGAUGGCUGACAAUAAUUUGCUGGAUGAGAAUGUUAAGUCAUUGUUUGUGAUCUGUGGUGACUGGGAUCUUCUUAAAAUGCUCCCGUCACAAGCUGAAUAUUUCAAGUUUGAAACACCAAGUUAUUUCAACAGAUGGUUGAAUGUUAAAAAGGCCUAUGCAGAGAUGACUUCAACAUAUCCCAAGGGAAUGAUGCCUAUGUUAGAGGGAUUAGAAAUUCAUCACCAGGGCAGACACCACAGUGGCAUAGAUGAUUGCAAAAACAUUGGAAAUAUUCUGAUUGAAUUGUUGAAACGUGGAUACAUGGCAAAAGCUACAGGAUCAAGAUGACAGUGUAUAAACUGACUUUAUAUCUAGUGAUGUUUGUUAUUUGUGCUAAGAGCAAGAACAUUUUUCCUUAUUUCAAAUAAGCAAGAUUUAUUUGGAUUUUAUCUAGUUAUUAUAAAUACGGUAAAUAAAUCAUAACAUUUAUAUAUUCAGAUUUUA